GGGGAGAGACCACCCAUAGGUGCGUGUGGAGGAGUUGCAAAGCCGAGCGUGCGCCCGGGAGCGCAGCAUCCUCCUCGCCGCCACAUCUCGCAUUGUCAGCCACGAAAGUGAAGGGAUUGUGAUGAGAUUCGAGAUCGUGUCCAGAACUCGGGAGGGAAAUUGAAGUUUGUUGGUAUCUCACCUCGAUACGCAAUGGAGUGACACCUGGAAAGGGACUAUGAUGGACAUUUUGGCUUCGGAGCUCGUGUCCAGAAGUGCUCCGGUUUGCAUGACGCGCGGUGCCGAGAGAGCCCCCGGGACGGCCAGCAUCCAUUUAUGCGCGCGUGGCAGGACAAUCCUCUCGAUGGUCCAAAUAGAGCGAUGCUGUUGCGCGCAGCGAGCCCGCUGAGACUGACGUGCGAACUCAUCGCAUUCCGGCUCGUGCAAGAGCGCGUCUUAAAACGCUUCAUUCUUCAUUCAUGAUCAUUCUGCCGCCGCUCCGAACUUGUUGAUGAGCGCGGGGACCUUGGAGAGCACAUGAGUGGACUUCGACGCUUUUCCAGAACAUCACACAGGACGAGCACAAUGACUGACAGCCAGACAAGCUGAGGAGACCUGUCACACAUUGUCUUAUCAACACGUCAAAGGGCUAUCGCUUUCUCGCCUCCCGCUUUGCCACCAGCCUCCUCAAUCUUGUCCUCUUCUCAAUGGGCUGCUAACCCUAGAGAGACAGAAAUAAUAAUAAUAAAAAAAAGAAGACGCCUCUAAAUCACCGAGAAAGGCAUGUCUCUCAAUUCCCGUUGAAUGAGUUGCUGUCAGUGGAAGUGGAAAUAGAAUAGGGGACCCUUGAUCAUAAGUCUUUACAAGGAGAUCCAGCUCCAAGGAAAGGGGCUGAGAGAGGACCAGUCAUGCAUCUCUAUUUGGCAUUGACGCUGCAGGUGUUGUGGACUGGUGUUUGCCAAGCCGCCAUGCAGCACUACCCUGCAACAUGGGGCCACUACGACGUGUGCAAAUCCCAGGUCUACUCAGACGAAGGACUAACCUGGGACUACAUGGCCUGCCAGCCAGAGGCGGCAGACAUGACGAAGUACCUGAAGGUUAUGCUGGAUCCACCGAACAUCACCUGUGGAAAUCCACCUGAGACAUACUGUGCACUGGAAAACCCCUACAUGUGUAAUAAUGAAUGUGACGCCAGCACUGAGGAACUCGCCCAUCCGCCAGAACUCAUGUUUGAUAUCGAGGGCCGCAACCCCACAACAUUCUGGCAAUCAACAUCCUGGAAAAGGUAUCCAAAGGCCCUCCUGGUUAACAUCACAUUGUCUUGGAACAAGACCAUCGAGCUGACAGAUGAUAUCGUCCUCACCUUCGAGUCAGGCCGGCCAGAACAAAUGGUUCUGGAAAAGUCACUUGACUAUGGACGUACCUGGCAGCCAUAUCAGUUCUAUGCCACUGACUGCCUGGAUGCUUUUACCAUGGAGCCCAAGACAGUGCAGGAUCUGACCCAGCAUACUCUGCUGGACAUCAUCUGCACUGAGGACUACUCUCGAGGUUAUGUUUGGAAGUAUGACAAAACAGUUCGCUUUGAGAUCAAGGACCGCUUUGCGCUGUUCGCUGGGCCUCGACUCCACAACAUGGCUUCACUUUAUGGCCAACUGGACACCACUAAGAACCUGAGAGACUUCUUUACCAUCACAGACCUGAGAAUCCGACUGCUCCGACCUGCCACUGGUGCUACAAUGGUGGAUGAGAACAACCUGUCCAGAUACUUCUACGCCAUUUCUGACAUUAAAGUCCAGGGCAGGUGCAAGUGCAACCUUCACGCCAACAGCUGCGUGUUUGACAAAGAGAAGCUUAGCUGUGAGUGUGAACACAACACCACUGGGCCUGAUUGCGGCCGUUGUAAGAGGAACUACCAAGGCAGAGCGUGGAGUGCCGGCUCCUACCUGCCGAUCCCGAAAGGCACUGCAAAUAUAUGUAUCCCUAAUAACAUUGGUCCAGUUAACUGCGAAUGCUUCGGCCACUCCAACCGUUGCAGCUACAUCGAGCUGCUAAACACGGUCAUUUGCGUGAGCUGUAAGCACAACACUAGGGGGCAGCACUGCCAGCUAUGCAAGCUGGGCUUCUUUCGCAAUGCUUCGGCAGAACUGGAUGAUGAAAAUGUUUGCAUAGAGUGUAAUUGUAAUCCCUUCGGCUCAGUCAGUGAUCGCUGUAAUGGCACAGGAUAUUGUAUAUGUAAGGAGGGCACUACAGGGCCUAAGUGUCGCGAGUGUCUGCCCGGCUAUAUGUGGGACGAUGGCUGCAAAUCUCGGGUGUGCGACAACGAGCUCAUGCGCUGCCAAAAUGGCGGUGUGUGCAUCAGCAACGUCCGCUGCAACUGCCCCUCGGCCUACACAGGCCUGCUGUGCGAGAAGCCGCGCUGCGAGUCGGGGCUCGGAGGUUGCAGAGGUGCCGAUUCGGGCCAGCCCCCCCUGAGGCCUCCGUCCUCCUUCGGGCCGCUUCUUCUUCUUCUGGGCUCGGCACUUCUCUAAAGAGACCUGGUGGGAGCGAUUAAACCCCUCGCGCACACACACAGCCUUCACCCCAUUGACCCAUCCCCCUUUCGAAUAAUCAACAACCAUUCAAGCAGAACAAUCAUGAGCUUUGUGGACUGUACUGUACCAGCUUCUGAUGUGAAAAGGAAUGUGCCAGAGAAAAGAGUGCAAAAACAUUUUUUUUCAUUCAAUAUCAAAUAAUAUAUAAAAAAUAAAUACAAUAUAUACAUGUAAAAAUGCCAGAUAAUAUUAAAUAUUAACAUAAAAGAGUGCAAUGGAAAAUGAGCCCCCCGCCCCACCUAACUCCUCCUGCUCAUCCCUCCUCGAAGCCAUACAGGUGCUUAAAGCUCCCUCUAGUUGGAGCGAAUAACUGAAGAUGACUUCCUCUGUUAUUACCACGGCAACCACGGCUGCAACCAAUUGACUCGCACGAGCCGACAGAAGCUGCCGAGACGCCUUUGGGAUGGUCCUGUAAGUUCAGUGCUGGCUUGACUGUUGAGGAAGACAAAUCAAAUAAAUAUUUCCCUCAGCCUCUUCAACAUAAUUCAUGGGAGAGAACACAUGGAGAACAAGCUCUUUGCCAGUGCAUUGUGGAUGGAAGAAAAGUGCGCAGACUGCUUUUUUGUGCCACACAAACUUUCUCUCAAUCUCUCCGCCUUCAAGCUCAUGCUCCUCUUCCUUCUCCUCGCCAUGCAGCCACUGACCUGUGCUUUUGUGAAUGUUACUCUGUAAAACCCUCGCUGGUUGAACGAUUCUUGUUUUUCUUUUGGUUUUUUUUUGUCAAACGUUGGUGAUGCACAUGUGUAUGAAUCCUCCUCCUCUCUCUCUCGCUCUUGCUCUCUCUCUCUCUCUUAUCUCUUUCUCUCUCUGCCUUCCUUUCAUCGUUUCCUCCUCUAAGAAACGCCACUAAAGCUGUCUGAUUCUUUUCUAUUAGAGUCUCCGCUCUCUUUUAUCCCAGUCAGACGAUAGUUUUCCAUACAAGUGGAUAGAAAAUCAUCGGUGUAUUUACAGGUUCUCUUUUCAACUGAGCAAACAAAAGAAGCAAUGUCGUCCUUUUGUAUCUUUGCUGAACUGUGACAAAAAAAAAAAAAAUGAAACUUUAAUGUACACAACACCCAAAAUGCAUCCUUUUUUUCUUUAUUUUUCUACCCCAUUCAUCUUUGUUUUAUAUUUUUAGUUGUACGGACGGGUCAUUCUCCUUUGUGUCAGCAACAUGCUGGCAUCAUAGAAUAUCAGUUUACAUAAAGUAUUAAUAAAGUGUAUUUCAAUUCCCACCAAAGGACAUUAUAAAUGUUAUGUUCUUGCGUUAACACUUGAGGAUUUAAGUGAAUAAAAGCUUAAAAAUAA